AUGGCAGUGACAGAAGAUAUCACACGGCCACAGGAUCGACGUUCUUUCGUCUGCUGGAAGUGUAGAAGCGUCGUUAGCCCGCGGUGGGCGAAGAAACAAUGGGGCCACGAAGCUGCGAGGAUCAUCACUAUGCUUGAUGCGCGAUGGACUCCCUGGUUAGGAUGGCUUGAGACUCAGUUGGGUCAGGAGCGUUAG